AAGGAGCACAGAAUUAGUUACAAAAGCUGGUGUUGCCAGAUUGGCUGUCUAAUCUUAGAAGUGGUUUGUUUGUGUUUUGAGUUAAACAGUAGACAUGAUGGUGUUCCGUUGGUAGAGUUAAAACUACCAAACGUAUCGGUUCUGAAGGGUUCUGUUUGGUCUGGAUAAAUACUCUAACACUGAACGCAAUCUGGCAACCCGAGUACACAGAGGGUGAAGUGAAUCAAGCGGAUGCUCUGAUCUGAUCCAUAACGGGUUCAUCUCACACACACACUGUAACCGGAGACGCACUGGGCAAUGAGAGUGAAGCAGGGGGCCGAGGGAGGACUGCCGUGUACCACAGAGGAGGAGCUGCUCCUCAAAAAGCCCCUGAUCACACCGGAGGAUGUGCUCGGCCUGCAGAGGAUCACCGACAAUUACCUGUGUAGCUCAGAGGAUAAUGUCCAUAAGAUCGAGUUCACCAGGUUCAAGAUCCGCGACAUGGAAACAGGGACCGUUCUUUUUGAGAUCACCAAGCCUCCUGUUCUGGAGGACAAUAGAAAGGACCUUGACCCCAACGCUGGGCGCUUUGUACGCUACCAGUUCACUCCAGCAUUUCUGCGGCUACGACAGGUCGGAGCGACGGUGGAGUUCACCGUAGGGGACAUUCCUAUCAACAACUUCCGCAUGAUUGAGAGGCACUACUUCCGAGGACGGCUACUGAAGAGCUUCGACUUUGAGUUUGGGUUCUGUAUUCCCAGCAGCAAGAACACCUGCGAGCACAUCUAUGAAUUCCCUCCUCUGUCAGAGGAGCUCAUGAAGGAGAUGAUCCAAUAUCCAUACGAGACCCAGUCAGACAGCUUCUACUUUGUGGACAACAAGCUGGUGAUGCACAAUAAAGCAGAUUAUUCUUACAGCAGUGGCCCAUAGGAGCUUUAUCAGAAACAUGGACUGAAGUGUUAAGGCUCCCAAUCCAGUCUUGAAAAUUUGGCAAAAAAAAAAACACCCCAACCUCAGGGUUUGUAUGCAAGUUGUGUGUGUGCACCAGAGAGUCAGAAGAGAACUCUACACUGAAAAGUGGGUCUUGCUGAGCCCUCAUUGUGUUAUUCCUAGAAUAGUUUAUUUAAUUAUUGCCUAGAAGGUGUGUCUGGUUGUAUACAUUUCAUAUGCAUUAAUAGCCUGCAUGACGUGGGUUUUUGUUUGUUUGGCAUGUUUUGUGUAAUACUUCAAAUCUGUGUAGAGUUCUUCUCUCAAUAGCCACCCUUCACUUCAGGAUGUAGUCGGGAUGCACUGAUGCGUUUCCUCCCCUUCCCCCAGAGUUGGAGUACAUGUUUAUUGGUACUCCUCAGUAAUAAUACUGAAAAGACUAAUCUACUUGGUAUUUAGUAAACAGAUGUCCCAGAAUGUGCCAUUUAGCUCUGUUUCACUUCAGGGGGGGAAAAAAAGUUCCUGUAGGCUCCAGCUAUAGUUUUCUUGGCUUCAUUGCAUCUGAAUCUCGCGAGUGAUGGUGGCUGACCAAGAACAAUAUACUGGGCAAGAGCGGCUAUUUUCCCCACUCCCCUAGUGUUGCCUGUAGACAGGGUUGUUGGGUGGCUGGGUUUUUUUUUUUUUUUUUUUUUUUUUUUUUUUAAACCUGGUUAGCAUUUUCAUGAGGUUUAAGUCACAAAGUAUCACUGGGUAUCAGAUGCUGGUAUUGGCGUGUGAUGUUUGUUUGUUUUUUAAAGAUACAAAUAUGAAUACAAGUAAUUGAUGCCAAUUACUGUUUAAAUAAUCAAUACAUGCAUGGUAUAAUUUUGAUAUGACUCAUUCCAAAAUGUUCAUUGUUAGAAUUCCCCCCCCCCCUUACUGUGUAGUUUUGGACACUUUGGCCAGUACCUUAAACCAAAUGGGAGAAAGUGUGAGUGACUUUUGUCUGAGAGGUUGUGAGCACAUGGUCUGUGCAAUUAUUGACUGCAGUGAAAGGGUUUAGCUCCUUACCUUUAGAUGUUGGGGGGGAUUUUGUGUGGUUUUUUUUUUUUUUUUUUAAUAAACUUCAUGGUUUAUUUGGUUGACGGCAAAUGUGAUCAUUUAUGACUUUUUGUCUGGAGUAUAUUUUAAUAGCAAUGUGUGUUUAAAAAAAAAUGCUCAAGAGAGAUCUAUGUUGGAUAGUUUAUACAUCAUAGUGAUUGUCUUUAUUAAUGUUAUCAUUGU